AUGGCGCCGAAAUAUACCCUGUCAGACUCCGAAUCAGAGGCGGAAGCAGCCGUUCCCUCUGACAAGGCAUUGGACAAAGCACUGCGCAAGGAGGUUGUGACGAAAUACAAGGCGAAAAACUGGGAAGAACUCACGGUGAAGCGCGUGCGCCGCGCCGUCGAAGAGAGCCUCGGUCUGGAGCAGGGGUUCUUUAAAAAUACGGGUAAAUGGAAGGAAAAGAGCGAAGAGAUUAUCAAAGACGAAUUUGAAAUCCUACGAACGAGUGCGCCGGACACUGUCGCCGAGUCAGAAGCCAAUCCAACCUCAUCGCCCCCUCUUGCACCGAGUCAAAACCCAACGAAUAAGCGAUACAAAGCCCCAAGCAAACAGAAGCCGAGAAAGCGCCAAAAGACACAGACGCCGGUUUCAGAUGAAGAAGAUGAGCUAACGGAGCUACCUGAUGAAGGAAGUGAAGAGGAGGUCGUGAAGCCCACGAAGCGCGCACCAAAAACGACAAAUACCGUGAAGUCCAAAAAGCCCAAAGAGCCUUCUACUGAGGUUAUGGAAAUCUCUGACAACGAGGAGGAGGAGACUCCUACCACGGAGUACACCACAGAAGUUACCAAGGAUGAUUCCGAGAGCGAGAUGUCGGUCGUAUAUGACGAAGAGCCUAAACCCAAAACCGUUCGCAAGCGCAAGAGCGGCGACGGUUCCUCGAAGAAGGCGGCUCCAAAGAAAGAAAAGAAAGCCGCCGCCAAAGGCAAGGAUGAGGACCUUGACCCAGAUCAAGCAGAAAUCAAGCGGCUCCAAGGGUGGCUGGUCAAGUGUGGAAUCCGGAAGAUGUGGUGGCGGGAGCUACAGCCAUAUGAGACGUCAAAGGCCAAGAUCAAGCAUCUCAAACAGAUGCUGGAAGAUGCGGGCAUGACGGGACGAUAUUCCUUAGAGAAAGCUCGGCAGAUCCGCGACGAGCGGGAACUCAAGGCAGACCUUGAGCAGAUCCAGCAAGGUGCGAAGAAAUGGGGGACAGGCAGUGGAGACGAAAGUGAUGGGCCUGCACACCCACGCCGCACAGCUCGUGGGCGUCAAGCGCUGGCGUUUUUGGAGAGUGAGGGAGAAGAGAGCGAUUGA